UUUCCGGGUUCUGUGUUGCUAGGGGGAAGGUGGCGCAGAGGACCUGUUGGAAAUGACGGUAGAAGAAGUCGGAUUUCAAUAUAAAGUCCAAAACAGUAAACCUGGAAGAUAGCAAAGAAACUUCACCAGACCUGCGUGCUAAGGGGUGUGACUCACCAUGGAGUCCCUGAUGAGUGCGGUGGCCCCACGGACCCCGGCCCUGUUGAAGAAGGCCUCUGAGGUGGACUUCCGGUCGGGGGCCACACUGGAGCAGCUGUCGGCCCAGGUGUCUGAGUUGGUCACCCUGGAGCAGGGGGACUUCGGGGACCAGCUCGCCCUCGAGGUCCACACGGCCAAAGACUUCAUCUUCAACAUGCUGGGCCUUGUACAGAAGGUGGACCAGCGUCUCCCGGUGGCCAAUGAGUACCUGCUCCUGUCUGGGGGUGCCAGGGAGGGGGUUCUGGACCUCAACCCAGAGGAGCUGGGGGACUACGCCAAGGGGGCCGAUUUCGACCUGGACUUCACCCUCCUGGUGCCCGCCCUCAAGCUCCAUGAUCGCAACCAGCCGGUCACCCUGGACAUGCGCCAGUCGGCCCCCUGCCACUCCUGGCUCUCCCUGCGGCUCUGCGACCCCAACACCCAGGCAAGAUGGAGGAUCUGCUGCCAGGAGGAGACGGACUCACCCCCCGACAAUGAUGAUGAUGAGGAAGAGAAAAGGGAAAUGGGUCACAAAGCCUCUGGUGCCGUCCCCCCCUCCCUCUACUCGCCCCACCAGUCUCUGGAUGGCUGCUACAUGUCCCCGGCGCUGGUGGCUGACUGGUUCUGGGGAGUGGUGGGUGAGGCGGUGGACGAGCUGAGGCGUUCCCCCAAGAGAGGCAUCCCCGUCCCAGAGAGGCUGGAACGCAACGGGCCCCUGACCACCCUCAUCCUCCAGGCGGGCUCCAGCCGGGUGCUCUAUGACCUGCUGCCAGUGGUGUCCUUCCGGGGCUGGCCCGCCGUGGCCCAGGGCUGGCUGACGGCCAAUCACUUCUGGGACGGGAAGAUCACAGAGGAGGAGGCCAUCUCUGGGUUCUACCUGCUGCCCUGCCCGGCUCCGCUGGGGGGGAGGCCCGACCGGGAGUGGAGGCUGGCCUUCUCACGCAGCGAGGUGCAGCUGAAGAAGUGCAUCCCGUACCCCAUGGCCCAGGCCUUCCAGGCUGCCAAGGCUGUCCUCUCCCGCCUCCUGGCUCGCCCCCGCACUGGCCUCAGCCCCUACCACCUUCGCACCCUCCUCUUCUGGGCCUGUGACCGCCUACCGCCCGCCUACCUCUCCUCGCCUGACCCAGAAACCCCCGCCCGCCUCCUCCUGGGCCUCCUGGAUGAUCUGGCCCACUGCAUCCUGGGUAAGAACUGUCCCAACUACUUUCUGCCCCAGUGCAACAUGCUGGAGCACCUGUCGGACAGCCAAUCCCUGCUGGUGGCCCGGAAGCUGGCCCAUGUCCGGUCUGACCCGACCGAGCACCUACGGGCGGCCCUGGACCAGGCCAGACAGGCGAGCCAGCUGAAGAGGGAAGCAGCGAGCGCUACCAACGGGCACGGAGGGUCGCCCAGGCAAGGUUACCCGGCCAGCGGCAUCAUCUCGCCCUCGGACGACAAACUGGCUGCCAGGCUGCAGCAGCUGGUGACCGAGAACCCCGGGAAGUCGAUUUCGGUUUUUCUCAACCCCGAUGAUGUCACAAGGCCGCACUUCCGCAUCGAUGACAAGUUCUACUGACCUGAGAGUAAUGGUGUGCUAUCGACACACACUCUCUUCAAAACACAUGUAAAACGGCGAGUCAACUAGGAUGGCUCGAGAGUCAAAACACUACAGAGCCUCACUGCUCUCCUAUCCCACCCCCUCCUGGAGGCUAACGACAAUGAUGCUAACGACGCUGCUGAACUAUGACACUACCAAAAACACCUUUGCACACUCCCAGGAGCAGGAGGCUGACCCUAGAGAGCCCUAGGCUAGAGAAACCAACACUCUUCUAUCCAUUUAGCAGUGAGUGAUGUCAUAAAGAGACCUUGCCACAGGAAAAAUGCUCGUUGAGUUACCACGGAGACUGCUGCUCUUUUAUGAGCUUGCCGUAAGGAGAUGUUUUUUUUUUUAGAAUAAAGAACCGCUUUAGAAUGAAGAAAGUCUGCUGCUGCUCCCAUUCAAUGGCAUGGCUUACCCAAAGGAUUUCUCCUCUCUCCACACUAAUGAGAAACUGUAUUUGCCCCCCCGCCCAAUCAAAGUGGGUGAUAGUACCAGGAUUCUCCAUUUAUUUUAUAUUCAACUAUGAUGUAUCUGAAUGUAAUUUGGUGUGGGGCAAUGUCUUUGAACAAAUAGUAUUUUCUUUCUAUACGUUUUAUCCCUUUUCCCUCUCGUUCUCAUUCUUCCUUUCUCUCUCUUUCCCCCUCUCUCUCAGGUAUUUUUAACGUUGUUCAUUGUUUUUUUGUGACUCCAGGGUUAUGGUUCCCCUCCAUCGAUCUUGAAUGGUAUAACCCAGGGUUGUCCUUCCGUUUCAACACUUACUAUGUGACUCCAGACUCCCUCUGGGAGGGUGAUGGUUCCCCUCCAUCGAUCUUGAAUGGUAUAACCCAGGGUUGUCCUUCCGUUUCAACACUUACUAUGUGACUCCAGACUCCCUCUGGGAGGGUGAUGGUUCCCCUCCAUCGAUCUUGAAUGGUAUAACCCAGGGUUGUCCUUCCGUUUCAACACUUACUAUGUGACUCCAGACUCCCUCUGGGAGGGUGAUGGUUCCCCUCCAUCGAUCUUGAAUGGUAUAACCCAGGGUUGUCCUUCCGUUUCAACACUUACGAUGUGACGUAACGCACCAAAGAGCCACUGGAUGGGUGUUUCGGGGAGCCUUUGCUUCUUCAAUCUACCACCCCAUAAGAAAGGUAUCUGUACUCACUGACCCAGAGUCAGUCUGUACUCUUAAAGGAAAGAUUCACCCAUUUUUGAAUGCUAUAUUAUUUUUGUUCAUCUCAGCGAUGUUAUCUCUCUUCCCGGGGUAAUUUCAUGUUGAUCUGAGCUUUUGCUGUUCAAGCAGGCCGAAAUAAAGCCGCUCUCACUACACUGGAAGUUCAUUUGAAUACGACUUUUCGAUCGCGAAAACGUCUAUCAUGCAUGUCACAUUUCAAUACUGGCUUGAUGUCAUGUCGCGGGAGGUUAUUUUCUCUCAAAUUAGCCAAUGAUCAUAUUUUUGCAAUAUUCGUACCUCUGAAUUUCUUAUAAGAGGGUCCACCACAUUUCUCCUAUUUGUCUGCUUCUUCAGUCCAGAGUGCAUUGCAUGGUGCCGUUGCGAAUGUCCGACUCCUCUCUGUGAGGUACAUCGAUCUGCAGGUUGAACAUGGUGAGAUUGUAUACUCCUAAAUUCAUAGUGCAGUUUAGGUGAUUUUUACAGCCAACUCCCUACUUCACAUGCUGAUAUUGUCUUUGGUGUUGUUGUGUCUAGCUACCGACCAAGCUAGCCAGACAGCCAGCCAGGCCAUAGAGCGAGCAUUGCAUUGUGGGUUUGGUUGUCGAUCUGAGCUGCAACAGAUUUCCACAUGUUUCUACCAACCUUAUUAUAACGACAAAAUGAAACAUUUGUUCACCAGAAAUAUUGAUCUCACACAGUGUUAUUUAACAUUGUAAAUUAUACCAAUUAGUGGUUUUGGGUGGAUUUAGUCUUUAACGCUCAUAUUCCCCACCUUUACCUUCCAGACCAACAUGCUCCUCAGUGGUCACCUCAUCAAUUUUCCUCGAUUCAGAGGGGUUGGGUUUAUCCCAUGAAAGCUUGAAGCUGCAGUUUAUCAUCAAAUAAGGGUAAUAUCACAGGGGCUAUAAACCUUUUAAUUCAGUUGUUUUCUUACAGUCCCUUUUGAAAAUGUGUACCAUGGUACAGUUUACAUUGGGGCUUUAAUGGUGGGAUGUGGUCAUUAAAUGUUGUAUGCUAUUAACAAACUACCUAUAAUGGAGGCAGGUUGGUCCGGAAAGGAGGAAAGGCAGGGUUAGCUGCUGAAACGGUUGGCACACUGCUCGAUUGUAUUCUCAUCUUCAUGUUACGAAAUGAAAGCACUGCCAUGGCUUGGCUAGGCUACAUCAUGUCAUCUGUAUGAGGCUUGUGUAAGGGCUAUUUUCUUUGUUCCACUUGUGUGUAUGAAGAUGGGGAGGUUUUCAUGGUUUGUGGUUGAAACUCAGAGGAAAAGCUUUUUGUCUCAGAUUUUAAUUGGAGGAAACUUGACUGGUUUUGUAAUGGUCCCUCUCUCGCUCUUCUGCUUGGUUUGCCUGUUUUAAUAAGCUGUGUGUGAUCGGACCACUGAUCAAGCUGUGCUGAUGGAGAGAGCGUUAGAGAUCCAGAGAGAUGGAACAGGAACAAAUGCACAGCAGGACACAAACACCCAAUGUGCUAGCCUCUUUUCCACAUCCCCUUGUGCCCUCUUCUCUCUCUCUGUGUGAGAGACUUGGGGGGCCUUAUCUUGUCCACCCAGAUGUGUUGGAUGGGGAGACGGGCCAGCCUCUGGCCCUUAGUACAGAUUAGUGGUAAAGGAUGGGGCUGCUGGGAACUGGGACAGCUGCUUGUCUGUCUCGUUAUAUAUCUGUCUCGCUUUCUCAUUAUAUAGCUGCGUCUCUCUCCCCUCGUUUUCCUUCUAUAACUUCCCAUCCAAUGAGUGGAAGUCACAUCUCCUGAAUACAAACAGUAUCAACACCUUUCUAUCAUCAGAUUGGCUCUAAUCGGCAUUAGCUUAGACUGAGGGUGUGUCCAAAAUGGCACCCAAUUCCCUAUAUAGUGCACUUCUGCCCCAUGGUCUCCGGUCAAAAGUAGUGCACUGAAUAGGGUACCAUUUAAGACGCAAGAGUAUCAGAGGUGCUUGUUGAAUAUCAUUAGUGGAAUGUCAUGGUGGACAUCACUCGAGCAUCAUCGGAACACUAAAUCAAAUAACAUGCGCCGAGUUCAACAGGUGUAACCUUACAACAAAGCAGUUUUAAGAAAAAUAAGUCUUAGGUAAAAAAUAGAUAAGUCAGAAAUAAAAUGAACAAAUAAUUAAAGAGCAGCAGUAAAAUAACAGUAGCGAGGCUAUAUACAGGGGGUACCGGUACAGACUAUGUGCGGGGGCACCGAUUAGUCGAGGUAAUAUGUAUGUAGGUAGAGUUAGUGGCUAUACAUAGAUAAUAACCAGAGAGUAGCAGCAGUGUAAAACAGGGUGGAGGGACAAUGCAAAUAGUCUGGGUAGCCAUUAGAUUAGCUGUUCAGGGAGUAGAAGCUGUUAAGUCUUUUGGACCUGGACUUGGCUCCCCGGUACCGCUUGCCGUGUGGUAGCAGAGAGAACAGUCCAUGACUAGGGUGGCUGGAGUCUUUGAACAUUUUUAGGGCCAUUGACACACCGCCUGGUAUAGAGGUCCUGGAUGGCAGGAAGCUUGGCCCCAGUAAUGUACUGGGCCGUACACACAACCCUCUAGUGCCUUGCGAUCGGAGGGCGAGCCGUUGCCAUACCGGGCAGUGAUGCAAACAGUCAGGAUGUUCUCGGUCUUGCAGCUGUAUAACUUUUUGAGGACCCAUGCCAAAUCUUUUCAGUCUCAUGAGGGGGAAUAGGCUUUAUUGUGCUCUCUUCAAAUCAAAUUUAUUGAUAUAGCCCUUCUAAGAUCAUCUGAUAUCUCAAAGUGCUGUACAGAAACCCAGCCUAAAACUCCAAACAUUAAGCAAUGCGGGUGUAGAAGCACGGCUGUCUUGGUGUGUUUGGACCGUGAUAGUUUGUUGCUGUACACCAAGGAACUUGGUCCACUACAUCCCUGUUGAUGAGAAUGGGGGUGUGCUCUGUCCUCCUUUUCCUGUAGUCCACAAUCAUCUCCUUUUGUCUUGAUCACAUUGAGGGAGCGGUUGUUGUCCUGGCACCACAUGGCCAGGUCUCUGACCUCCUCCCUAUAGGCUGUCUCGUCGUUGUCGGUGAUCAGGCCUACGACUGUUGUCGUCGGCAAACUUGAUGGUGUUGGCUUCGUGCCUGGCCAUGCAGUCAUGGGUGAGCAGGGAGUACAGAAGGGGUCUGAGCACGCACCCCUGAGUGGCCCCCGUGUGGAGGAUCAGCAUGGCAGAUGUGGUGUUGCCUACCCUUACCACCUGGGGGAGGCCCGUCAGGAAGUCCAGGAUUCAGUUGCAGAGGGAGGUGUUUAGUCCCAGAGUCCUUAGCUUAGUGAUGAGCUUUGAGGGCACUAUGGUGUUGAACGCUGAGCUGUAGUCAUUGACUAGCAUUCUCAUGUAGGUGUUCCUUUUGUCCAGGUGGGAAAGGGAAGUGUGGAGUGCAACAGAGAUUGCGUCAUCUGUGGAUCUGUUGGGGCGGUAUCCGGGAGGAUGCUGUUGAUGUGAGGCAUGACCAGCCUUUCAAAGCACUUGAUGGUUACAGACGUGAGUGGUAUGGGUUGGUAGUCAUUUAGGCAGGUUACCUUCGUGUUCUUGGGCACAGGGACUAGGAUGGUCUGCUUAAAACAUGUUGGUAUUACCGACUCUGUGAGGGACAGGUUGAAAAUGUUAGUAAAUACACUUGGCAGUUGGUGAGCGCAUGCUCAGAGUGCACGUCCUGGUAAUCCGUCUGGCCCUACGGCCUUGUGAAUGCUACAGGUCUUUGAAAACUUUUCUUUGUGAUUUGAUAUUCUAUAUUCUCUGGAAUGUGAUAGAAUCACUACUUUAUUGGUACUGCAUAUAUUGGGUACAGUACUACUAUAUCAGUAUUGAUACUGUUUUUGAAUAGCUUCUGUUAGUGGAGUGAAUUAGGAACUACUGGUGAAUUGUGUGGGUACUUCUGUUCUAUAUAGCCUUGGUACAGGUGAGUGUAUGAAUCAAAAGGACACCUUGACAAACCAAAGAAUGUAGUGUUGCUGACAAUACAGAAGGAUGAACACCCCGAGGAUAGAGUGGAGUGCGGGUAUGUAAACUGCAAAGUAAUCAAAUUAAGUGUAUUGGUCGUGUACACAGAUUUGCAGGUGUAGCGAAAUGCUUGUUUCUAGCUCCGACAGUGCAGUAAUACCUAGCAAUAUAACAAAAUAAGCACAAUCCAAAAAAUGUAUUAAAAAAUCAAUUAAGAGAUAUCAAUAUGAGAAGUAUAAUAUAGAAGUAUUUGUGUGUGGGUGUGUGGUCCUAGCACUUUCAAGGUGGUGGUUUUCGACACACCACAGCCUGACGUUGUAAUAAUGUUCAUGAACGUUGCCUUGAGCAUUUAUGAAAGUUGUCAGGAUGGUUGAGACUUCCUAUUGUCAUGUUUUUCCUUCCUGAAUGCUUCCCUAAGUUAACGCGCCACAGUUCAACGUUGUAGUGAAGUUGUUAGAACAUUGACAGACUUCCUGAAUGCUCCCCUGAAGUUUUAAAUUCAGUGCCAGCGUUUGAAAUAUGCAAUGUCAGGUGUAUCUCACUGUGUACUGCCUAGUUAGUAGGCAUAUACAUUAGUAUGAUGCUUUAGCCUAUCUGUGAUAAAUGGAAACGUACACAAUUUGAUACUGGUGCCGAAUGUCAAGAUCAAAAGUUAACAGCAGCAGUGCUAUGCAAUCGUGUACCCAAUCUAACUUCUAAUGGACUAUCUGCUGCAGAAAGAGCUGUUUUCAGCAAUAUGAGGUAAUUGUACUGCUAAAACUACUAAAUGUUAUAUUAUUUUGCGCUUAAACUACUGAUAUUUGUUUUUGAUUGAAAAUGAACAAAUAAUGAAUGUAACUAAUUUUACCUCCUUGACUCACUCAAUCAAUUAAAAUAUAGUUGGGGGGAAAAAAAGUUUUCCAUGCAAAUCCUGACUGAAUUACCAUAUAAAAGAGCUGCAAUAUCGUCAAUGACUCCACCCCAUAUCUGGAAAUAUUUGCCAUUUAAAACUUGACUACUUUCUACUUCCUCUUCCUUCAUAAAGUGCAAAUGAACUUUAUCAUGAAUGUUUUGCUGUAUUUAUUUUCUCUGGGUUGUGUUGAAUGAUGAUCAGUGAUGGUACUGCUGUAGCAUGAAAUAAAUCUACAUCUUGAUCACUA